CGUGUCAAUGUCUUGUGUCAGAUUUGACAAGCCUGAGACGACUCCUUGCGAUUCGUUUAUCGCGGUUAUAGACAUUGGGCUCCCGUUGUCCAGGGGGUCUCCUAAACUGCGACAUGACCUUGGUCCACAUGUGCCCCUGACUGACAUGAGGUAUCCCACGACUGCCGCCCCGGAGCAAGAGGGUGAUCAGAUAACAGGGGCCAGCAGGGGCCAGCUCGGCGCAGGCGUUAUGGUUCCCCUUCUCACGGAGAUCAUCUCUUUCAUCGCGUCGGACGAAUACAUCGGUGCGCAGGAUGACACUCUCAAGAAGCUCAAGGAAUUGCUUGCGCAUGUAGAGGGUCAUGUUGGGCUACUUCAUGGGUUGCAAGUGGAGGACCGGAACGUCGGCUACAUGAUUAUGCUCUGGCAGUCAGAAACACACUACGAGGCCUACAUCGACUCCGAGCAAUACUCCGACGUCCAAGAAAACCUCCUCAGAGCUGUCGAUGACACGCGAUACAAUUCAGUCUUGACCGAACUCAGGAAGGAUGGUUCAGCGGCAGUGAGCGGACUCGAGCUCGCGGUCGUGACUCUGGCAGAGGACAAGUCAGGCGAAGACAUCAGCGAGUUUCCGGGGAAACUGGCGACGGAGGACCAAGAGAUGGUGAUAUCUGCUGAAUGGCCGUACCCGCUUGGCCAGGCAGGCAGGCCGGUGUUGGUGCUUGGAUGGAUAGCGUCCGAGGUACGGCAGGAGAUAACAGACAACGUGGCGGAGGCAGUGGCCAAGAUCUUUUCAUCCAGUCUGCAGAUGUCCGACAUCAAAGUUGUGCAUUGUUCAUGCAGAGCGCUACAGUAA